UUUCCCAACACAUCCACCCGAUUCGGCCCUCUUCAGCUUUCCCUUCCUUUAGCUCUAAUCAACCGGGAUCUUUGGUUAAGUCCCUCUCUAGACUUACAUGGGAAAUCUUAUUUUAGCAAUUAUUAAGCCUGGAACAACGAAGGGCAUUUCCUGUGGAGCUCUAGGGCCGGCAGCAUGAAGACGCAACCGUGGAAACACCCAACUUUCCUGUUGAUCUUCUUCUUUUUCCAAGUUCAGGUUUUUGGUUUAGACGAUGACAGCCGGCCUGCGACAGACAUCUGCUCAACCCACACGAUUUUAUCUGGACCGAAAGGAGAUGAAGGUGAAAAGGGAGAUCCAGGAGAAGUGGGAAGACACGGAAAAGUUGGCCCGACAGGAUCUAAAGGAAGCAAAGGAGUAGUUGGAGACGCUGGUGACCAGGGAACUAUGGGUAAAAUUGGACCAAUAGGCCGAAAGGGUGACAAAGGACUGAAGGGUUUAUCUGGCACUUCUGGAGUAAAGGGCAAAGCAGGUGCUGUCUGUGACUGCGGGAGAUACCGCAAAGUUGUUGGACAACUGGACAUUACCGUCGCUCGACUCAAGUCAUCCAUGAAAUUUGUUAAAAACGUGUUGGCAGGAAUCCGGGAAACAGAAGAGAAGUAUUAUUAUAUUGUGCAGGAAGAGAAGAGCUACAGAGACGCUCUCACACACUGCCGGAUUCGAGAUGGAAUCUUGGCGAUGCCAAAGGACGAGGCCGCGAAUGCGGUGAUUUCCGACUAUGUCUCCAAGACUGGCCUUUUCCGCGUCUUCAUUGGUGUGAAUGACAUGGACAGAGAAGGCCAUUUCAUGUACGCUGAUCGUACCCCAUUGCAGAACUAUAGCAACUGGAAGGAAGGGGAGCCCGAUGAUACUUCUGGACAGGAAGACUGUGUGGAAAUGCUCAGCACAGGCAAGUGGAAUGAUACGGAAUGCCACCUGACUAUGUUCUUUGUCUGUGAAUUCCCAAAGAAGAGAAAAUAGGCAUCAGCCGGCACCUCAGUGGUGCUGUAACAUCCCUCUCUGUUGAUCAACUAUAGAGUUGAGUCCAGGAGCAAAACCUGAUUCCAGGGUAAUGACUUAAUUAUAACAGUAUAAUUGUAUGCUACAAUCCUAAGCCAUGUGAUUUGCCUCUGAAUAAAACUUUUAGCAGAGCAACUGAAAUCCAUUCCCUUGCACUAACAAAGUUUGCAUUGCUUUUAGGCUUCUAGUCCUCAACUUUAACUUCCCCUUCAUCACUCCUUAUAUCUUCAGUCUACACAUCAUUUCCAGUAAGUGACAUCACCAUGUUGUGUGAUGCAUUAGGACUUUUCCAGAUCUCUGUGGUUUUUACCAUAGAGAUUUGGGUAAACUCCUAGAGUAUCACGUUGUCAUGGUGACAUCACUUCUGGGGUUUUGACUGGAAAAUGAUGUCAGUGUGUCACAAGACACCAUUCACGUCAUUCUCCACCCGCCUGGUUCCUGCCAGUUACCAGCCAUGUAUCACCAAGAAACCUAACUACAAGAUAGAGGAAAAUGCUGCUCACAAAAGUAAACCAUUAAAUACAAUUUAUAAAUAGAAUUGUUGUAGAUAUUCUUCUUGCAAAGAAACACGCAGCAACCCAUGCAAAGCAGCAACUACUAAUACAAUUCAAAGUAGCAUGAAACACUGAUACAGUUCAAAUAACAAUAUAAUACAAGACUGCCAUGGACAAUAUAUAUUACCAAUUAGUCCGUAUUAUAGUGAUUCUCUUAAGUGCUGUGUGCAUAAGCAACCCAAGCGCCAGGCUAUUCACCCAUACAAGCAAUUAAUAUAAUUCAUAGGGAUAUUUAGUCCACGGUUAGUCCGCUGUCGUAAUCUGCUUAGGGGUGUA